GCGGUGGCGGCUGCAGCUUCUUCUCCUCCGGGCGGGAGCCUGAGCAUGGCCGUGUCCGCGCCUCCUCCUCCAGUGCUGAGUCCGGCGGAGUCUCCACGGCCACUGCUGAGCGGGUACAGCCCGGGGCCCGGGGCGGGCGGCAGUGAGUGCCGGAUGGUGGAGGUGCACGGGGUGCGGGUGGCGUCCUUCGUGCUGGACGGGCAGGAGCUGAUCUGUCUGCCGCAGGUGUUCGAGCUCUUCCUGAAGCACCUGGUGGGCGGGCUGCACACCGUCUACACCAAGCUGAAGCGGCUGGACAUCACCCCGGUGGUGUGCACGGUGGAGCAGGUGCGGGUCCUGCGGGGGCUGGGGGCCAUCCAGCCGGGGGUCAACCGCUGCAAGCUCAUCACCCGCCGGGACUUCGAGGCGCUGUACCAGGACUGCACCAACGCCAGCUCCAGGCCUGGGAGGCCCCCAAAGCGAUCGCUGGGAGUCGCCAUCCAGGAGAACGCUCGUCUGCUGCCGCACGGGGUCCAGAGCCUCUUGUCUCCCGGACUGAUCUCCCACACAGGGCUCACGGCAGCGGCGAUGGCGGAGGCCAUGAAACUCCAGAAGAUGAAGCUGAUGGCUAUAAGCAGCCUUCACGGGAGUGGCAGCCAGAACGGGACGGAGUCCGAGAACGAAGAACUCAACUCUAACGCAGGUGGAAGCGAAUCCUCGUGGGAUAAGGAGAAGCUCCAGUCUCCGAUCACCACCAGCGGCUCCCAGCAUGCACUGGGACACGUCACCCUGUCCGGACAGUCCGCCAUCGGAGGUGCUCAUCCAUUAAGUCCUCUCCAGCAAAAUCACCUGCUGUCUAACCGAUUAGACCUGCCGUUCAUGGUCAUGCCCCACCCCCUCCUUCCAGUCAGCUUACCGCCUGCAUCCGUUGCCAUGGCAAUGAAUCAAAUGAAUCACCUCAAUACUAUCGCCAACAUGGCCGCGGCGGCUCAGAUGCACAGCCCUCUGUCUAGAGUGGGAGCUUCUGUCAUCAAGAGCUGCAUUCACAAUUCUGCUGGCUGCCACUUGGAAUCUUUAUUCGCUCUUCUGACAGACAAAACCCUAACAAACCAGGAAAGGAUCCAGGACAGCCCCUCCCCCGCCCCCUCCAUAGAGGACGGUCAGCGGCCCGGCAGCCAUGCUUCCUCACACCAGAGCAGUAGCGUCUCCAGCUCGCCCUCCCAACUAGACAACAUAGCUGACCGUGUCAACAUGUUACCCAGAGACGGAGACUUCACCGACCAAGAUACUGGACCUAGCAUAAAGAAGAUGUCAAAGGAGAAAGACGACAUCCAAAUCGCCAUCCCCAUCAUAAAACCGACCUUGGAGAAGGUUCAGCUGGCCGGACAGACCUUACCUCCCGGAUUCCCUGCGCCAUUUCUCUUCGCGGACGGGCUGUCCUCCGUAGAAACCCUUCUCACUAAUAUUCAGGGCCUUCUUAAAGUGGCAGUGGACAAUGCCAGAGUACAAGAGAAGCAGAUCCAGCAGGAAAAGAAAGAGUUAAAGAUGGAGCUGUGCCGGGAGCGAGAGCUGAGAGAGAACCUGGAGCGGCAGCUGACCGCCGAGCUCCAGAGCCGAGCAACAAUUCAGAAGCGCUUGAAAAAAGAGAAGAAAGCGAAGAGAAAAUUACAAGAAGCCCUGGAAUUCGAGUCGAAGCGGCGAGAACAAGUAGAGCAGGCACUUAAACAAGCCACGGCGGGAGACGGCCUCCGGAUGCUGAACGACGCUUGUAUCCCCGAAAUGGAAACAGAGCACAAUGGCUCCCAGCACGACAGCCCGCCCAUGCAAGAAAACAGAGCGUACAUAAAGCCUCCGCUCAUGUACUGAGGGAGAGGACGCCGUCCAGCCAGGAUGCGCAUCACGCGAGGAAUCUUUUCCGCCUUUCGCUGCCUUUGGUAUGAAAGUAAAGAUGGUGAAAAAAACAAAAAAAACAAGCAUGAACGAGGAAGGAUUUCUCUGAGCUGUUCCCGCAGUUGCUGCAU